UUGUAUCAGAAGAAGUUCGAUAAAAGAAAGAAACACCGGAUAAAAGUUUUAAAAACUCUUAGCACUAUUGGUGAUGAAUUUAAUAACAUUGAGGAUACUCGUAGCAUUAGUGAUGAUGAACUUAAUGAUAUUGAGAGUAGUGAUACAGAAAUAAGUGUUUUAAGAACUGAAGAAGCGAAUAAUGUUAUUACAAGAUUGUUGCAAGCAGUUUCAGAAGUGACUAAUCAUCAGCUGCUCAUGUAUAUUAGAAAUUCAGUAAGAGCAAAAAGGCGUCGAAAACAAUUACAAUGGAAAGCUGCAGUUGGAAUACCCAAGCUAGAAUCAUUUUGGUCAUCAAUAGCGAAUGCAUGUACAAGUGUGAAUGAUAGUGAUAAUACAAGUAUGAAUGAUGAACUAACUAGUUUAGAUAGUGAUAAUUUUGAAGUUGAGAUUGUUAGAGACUACAAUUUAAUAUCUUCUAAAAACUUAAACAAUAUAAUCAAACAAUUAGAAAAUGAAUUCAAAAGUGAUGAGUAUAGUAAGAUCGAGAAAGCUCGCCUUUAUACAAUGUUAUCUUAUUUGCGUUUUGUGAAAUGUGGCCGAAAGAGAGUUGAAGCAAGUACUAUUGUAGCAGAAGCAGCUGAGAAGGCUAGAAAUUGGUUGGAAGCAUUUGGGUUUGAAUAUUCAGAAGUUAGAAAAGGAAUGUAUAUAGAUAGGUAUGAGUGUGCAGAUGUAGUAGCUUAUCAUGAAAGGUUCUUAGAACGAAUGGCUGAAUAUGAAACACAUAUGAUAGUUUUUUUUGCUAAAAAUAUAGAAGAAGAAACUCAACUAGCUUUUCAAGAUAUUCAACCACUUCAUAAAAAAGGCCAAGAGCGGUCAGUUCAUGUUAGUGAAUUUCUUACUGAUGUUAGUAGACGUUUAGUAUUAUGUGAAGAAGACAAGAUCACUUUUCCUAACCUGCUAUCAGAAGCUUGUAUUAUAACCUACUCAGCUCGGUUUCCAAGUACAAAAGCCCUUUUUGCAUUUGACAAUGCAACUGGAUAUUGUGCAUAUUCCAAAGAUACCCUUGUGACAAAAAAUAUAAAUUUAUCUCCCAGUAGCAAACAGCCAAAAAUGAGAAGUACCAUGUAUGGAGACAAUAUUCCGCAAAAGAUGUGUUUUCCUGAAGAUUAUGAUGAUCCUAAUUUGUGUGGUAAGCCAAAAGGCUUGAAGCAAGUUUUGAGUGAACGAGAAUUGUGGUAUGAUAGGAUGAAGUUGAUAUAUAAGGGAGGUUGUGAAGAAGGAAGAAUUAACUGUUGUGCUAGAACUACAAUGGUGAAUCAACCUGAUUUUAGAGCACAACGUAAAAAACUUGAAGAAGCAAUUAUUUUAGCAGGUCAUGAAGUUAUUUUUUAUCCAAAAUUCCAUUGUUUGAAAAAAACUGUACCACAAGCUCUUGAAUCAGUAUCUCUUACUAAAAUUAGACAAUAUACUCAGAAGGCUUUUAGAUUUAUAGAUAUAUAUCGCAAAGGCUUGACUGGAAAAGUUGCAGAAUAUGCUAUAAAAAAAUAUUGUUCGCAUCGCUGUAUUUCAGAUACGAUUUUAAAUGAAAUUGAUGUAGUGAAUGAAUAA